GAAAACUACAGAAAGGCUAUGAUCAGCUGGGGCGAAAAUAAAAGAAUGACUGACCCGGGAUAUUUUGCCCGACAAUUAUUUAACUUUUUUGGUGUCGAUGAUUCAGAAUCUGAGUGUGGAUUGGACGAAGGUGUAGAUUGGGACUUUGUGAUUUCAAAUGAUACCGAAAGUCCUGACAUUGAUUCUUUAGUAAGAUUAAUACAAUCUCAUUUAAUAAUAAAUGAUUAA